UACUUUACUGAAGUAGUGUCGGGAAAUGGUGCAAUUGUUGAAGUGAAGUUAACAAACAAAAAAAUAUUCACAUAAAACGGCAAGCCAUAAUGAAGUCGAAAACGAAAUGGCUAUUAUUGGUAUAUUUUAAGUUUUGUAUGGGAUGGUUGGACGAAAGGCCGAUGUUGGAGUCACAAGAUGGGAACUUAUUUAUUUCAAGUGCGAAAGACAGAAAUAUUACGUUAAAGACUUUUGGAAGUGGAAAUGUUAAUAUUAAUGACAUUAAUUUGCUCCGUGUAACAAUUGAGGCUCAAAAAGCAUCACAAUUGAUAGAAAGAUGGAAAAAUGGGCGUUUAGCAGACCUAGAAUCAAGCAUCCAAAGAUUAUCUGUAUUUGUGGAAGGCCCACAUGGCCUUCUGAGACGUAUUGAUACCUUAACUGGACGGGGAGUUCCUGCUUCAAAUAAUACGAAUUCAAAUGGAAUACCUUCAAAUGAAGAAGCUACUGAAUCAACGAAUGAUGACGUUCAAAGAUUGAGAACGAAGAUAAGAAACUUGGUAAAAAAAAUUAGGAAUAUCGAAAGAAAGUUGAGGAGAAAUGAUUGUAUCAGUGAUCCUUGUCAAAAUGGCGGCACUUGCAUAGAUCUUUAUGAAAACGUUCAAUGCCUUUGUCCAAAAAAUUUUGAGGGUCCAUAUUGCACUAUUGAUGUAGAUGAAUGUAUGAAGUACAGAAAUACUGACUUGGGGUGCCAAAAUGGAGCAACAUGUCAUAAUUCAUAUGGUUCAUACGAGUGCAUGUGCCCUCCGGGAUGGUAUGGUAAAGACUGCAUAUUGAAGUCAACGAAUUGCAGUGCCCAAAACGAUGUAGAGUUAUGCGGUAAUGGCCACUGCAUCAGCGUGGCAGGAUCUCCUCUUGGUUACACCUGUCUUUGCAAACAAGGCUGGGAGGCUAAGGAUGCAACAAAUCCAGCAUGUACUAAAGAUGUGAAUGAAUGUGCUUCAAAUCAUCCUCCAUGUUCAAUAAAUCCUCCUGUGGUUUGUCACAAUGUUCCAGGAUCAUAUUUUUGUGGCAGUUGUCCACAAGGAUAUACUGGAAAUGGUUACUACUGCAGUGACAUUGACGAAUGUCUUCUUGACAAUGGUGGUUGCAGUACUGUUCCUCGAGUUCAGUGCAUUAAUACUAUGGGUUCCCGAAUAUGUGGAUCUUGUCCCGCAGGCUACGAAGGAGACGGAAGAACGUGUAAUUUUGUUGGUGGUUGCAAACUCAAUAAUGGAGGGUGCCAUCCAUUAGCACUUUGCACUGAUAGUCCAUACAACUUAGUUACAUGCCGGUGCCCCAAUGGUUACACCGGUGAUGGAAUAGUUUCUUGUGUUCUAAAUACCAGCACGUCAGUUACAUCUAAUGCCUGUAAAAAUCAUCCAUGUAUUCAUGGAAGUUGUGUACCUCGUGCUGGUAACGACUUUGUUUGUAACUGUCUACCUGGAUACACAGGUCCUACAUGCAUGCUGGCAAUCGAUCCUUGCAAUCCCAAUCCUUGUAGGAAUAACGGAAUAUGUAAGACAACGAUAAACGGAAAUGUUCUAUGUGAGUGUACAUCUAGUUUCACAGGAACACGAUGCCAAAAAUCAAGGCAAGCUUGCGGUGCUGUAUUAAAAGAUCCCGUUGGAGUUGUGGAAUACCCUCUUGGUGGUUCUAAUUACAAAGAUGGCCAAACAUGUGCUUGGCAGUUAAAAACUAAUCACAGUUUUGUUUUUAACGUCACUUUCACUCGAUUUUCUCUAGAAACUUCAUCAGAGUGUUCGUACGACUUCUUGGAGAUUCACGAUGGAGAAAGCACCCGCGACCAUCCGAUUGGAAGAUUCUGUGGAAAUAUUAACAACUUACCAAACAACGGACACAUUAUCUCUUCGCACAAUGCGCUCUACUUUUGGUUCCGCUCUGAUCAUACUGUAUCUUCGGAAGGAUUUGCUUUUAAUUGGACCGUUAUCCCUCCAGUUUGUGGGGGUACAAUUGAUGCUGAUGUAGGUACUAUCAGUUCACCUGGAUAUCCUGGAAAAUAUCCACCUCACAGAGAUUGCUAUUGGUUUAUUAAUGUCAGUCCAGGCAAGAGAAUCAAUUUGCAUUUUGCUCAGAUGAUGUUAGAAGAACAUGAAACUUGCGAAUAUGACUAUCUUGAGAUCAAUGAAACAACUAGUUUUGGAAACAAGAGGCUAGGCUUGUACUGCAAUCACACACAUCCCACUCCUGUAUUAUCUUCUGGUCCAGAAGUUGUUCUUCAUUUUCAUUCGGAUAGUGCCGGUCAGGAUUAUGGUUUCCAAAUUACUUUCUCGAGUGAAGCAGUAUCACCGGAUUGUGGAGGAGUUUUUACACAGGAUCACGGGGACAUUUUAUCCCCUGGAUUUAUCUCAUCAGGUUAUGGGCCAAAUAUGGUUUGCGAAUGGGAAAUAAGAUUACCGCUAAAGGAACGUAUUAAAAUCAACUGGAUCAGUUUCGAAAUGGAAUCGUCUACAUCGUGUCAAUUUGACUCCGUAACGAUUUUUGAAGGAAGCACAACCGAGUCUCCAUUAAUAGGUAGAUACUGUGGAUAUGAUCUUCCAGAAUCAAAAACUUUAAACACGAAUGUUUUACUCAUACGUUUAGAAACAGAUGUUUCUAGCCAUAGACUAGGCUUUCAUCUAAAAUAUGAAACUGCUUGUGGUGGCGAAUACUAUGAACCAACUGGAGUUAUCCAGUCACCCUUUUACCCGAAAAAAUAUCCACCAUCUAAGUUAUGUUAUUAUCAAAUAAUUCAGCCCGUGGGGAAGAUUAUAGCUCUUACCAUACAAUUUUUGGAUAUUGAGAGCCUGGAAGAUAACGGAUGUGAAUACUAUGAUAGUCUGGAUAUUUAUGACGGUAUUAAUGAAAAUGGGACUCGUCUCGGAUCUCUUUGCGGAAAUAUGGACAACAUCCCGGCUGAACCUUUUUUCUCAUCGCAUAAUUUCAUGUACCUAGUCUUCGAGUCUGAUUCCAAUGUUCAGUAUCGUGGUUUUCAGGCUAAUUACUCCACUUUAGAUGUUGAAUGUGGUGGAAUACACACCGCACUGGAAGGAGUUAUCCAAUAUCCGUUAGAUGGUCAAGAUUACAAAAAUAACUUAAACUGCACCUGGCUGAUUCACGCACCAAAAGGACAUAUUGUACAACUUUCUUGGACUUUAUUUAAUCUUGAGCAUGAUUUCAAGUGCAGAAAUGAUUAUGUGGAAAUUUUUGACAGCUACGAAGACUCGCCGUCUAAGUCGAUGGGAAAGUUUUGCAGUAAUACCCAACCACCAACUAUGAUGUCUCAAGGUCAAGAUUUGACUUUGACUUUUAGAUCCGAUUAUAAUUUAGGUUAUCAAGGAUUCAGUGCUCAUUACACUUUUGUGGAUUAUUCCAAAUCCUGUGGUGGUCAUUUGUACGCUAUGACUGGAGUAAUAAGAUCUCCUAAUUAUCCCGAAAAUUAUCCAAGAUCUGUGACCUGUGAGUGGGUGAUUGAAGCUCCUAAUAAACAUCAAGUGAUUCUUCGAGUUCUUGAUUUUCAACUUGAAAAAAAAUCCUGUUUGUAUGAUUACCUAGAAAUUAGAAAUGGGGGCAGUAGUAAUUCACCUUUACAAGGUAAAUACUGUGGUGAUAUGGAUAGUAUUCCAAACACGAUCAAAAGUUUCAGUCAUCAAAUGUAUAUAAAGUUCGUCUCUGAUACGACUGAAUCUGAAAAAGGGUUUGAAAUUGAAUGGGAUCUUUUGACAAUUGGAUGCGGAGGUAGUUUGACAGCUGCAACUGGUGAUAUUAUUUCACCAAAUUAUCCAGAGCCUUAUGGAAAAAGUGCUUCCUGUACUUGGAACAUUAUAGUAGCAGCCGGAAGUGUUGUAAAAUUUUUAUUUAUAGAUCUUGAGUUAGAACCCCAUACAACCUGCAGAUUUGAUUAUCUUGAAGUUGCUGAUGGAAAUGAGGGUAAUCGCCAGAAUAUUAAUCGAUAUUGUGGAAACGUGCACCCAAGUAUUAUUACAUUUGAAAGCAAUUUAGUAACAGUUCGCUUCAGAAGUGAUCCUUCAAAUCAUUAUCGAGGUUUUCAUAUUAAAUACACUACAGAUUGUCAUAAUGUCCUUCACGGAAUUCAAGGAGUAAUCGAAUCACCAAACUUCCCGCAGAAAUACGACCAGUCAACAAAUUGCACAUGGAUGAUAGAAGCACCAAUUGGUAACAAGGUCAACGUUACUUUUUCUCACUUUGAACUUGAAGGUGGAACAUCACCAAGUAUUUGUGACAAUGACUAUUUAGAAAUUGAGGAAGGUUCAGAAGGCACCCCUACAAAUAAACUUGGCAAAUUUUGUGACACGGAAGAACUCCCACCGAAAAUUACCUCGAAUGAGCACCAGAUUUUUAUAACUUUCAUUACUGACAUGUUCGUAUCUCACAAAGGAUUCCGACUUGAAUGGGUUGUGCAUGGCUGUGUUGAUCAUCUAACAAAACCGCAAGACUCGUUUUCUUCUCCAGGAUAUCCCAAUGGGUACCCCGUAAAUAUUGUUUGCGAGUGGGUAAUUGAAGUUGACUUCGUACACAGCGUUCAAUUAACUUUCGAUCAUGUGAAUACAGAGAAAUCUUCCAAUUGUUAUUACGAUAAGAUCGAGAUCUUCAGUGGUGUAAAUGAUAAGGCUCCUAAAUUAGGUGAACUGUGCCACUCAGAUAAGCCUGUGGUGUACACUAGUUCUGGAAAUAAGAUGUUUGUUAGAUUUACUUCAGAUGCACUCUAUGCUGAUCAUGGAUUCUCAGCUAAAUACGAAAGUGUCGAAUCGCGAUGUGGAGGCCAGUUUAGUGCUCAAUCAGGGGAAAUUCACUCACCUAAUUAUCCACAAAAUUAUCCACAUAAUCAGAACUGCGAAUGGCUUCUAACCGUCGACCAAGAUCAUGUUGUUAAUUUGACUUUUACCAACUUUGAUAUCGAAAACACAAAGAAUUGUUCAGAUGACUAUGUUAAAGUAUUCGAUGGAACAACAAGGGAUUCUCCGUUACUUGGUACUUUUUGCCACAAUAAAAUACCACCUGCCUUGAUUUCAACCAGUAAUCAAUUGUUGGUGGUAAUGAGAAGCGACAGUUAUCUGUCUGCUAAAGGUUUUAAGGCUGAAUAUAAAAGAGCAUGUGGUGCCACGAUAAGAGUUAAAGAUCAAGGUAUUUUGAGUACAUCUUCUACAUUAUUUAUGCGAGAAGAAGCUUCUAACUGCAGUUGGAUUCUCAUAUCUGAUGAUCCAGAUGAACACGUAACUUUGACAUUUACACACAUGGAUUUCGCAGGAACUGAUAGUGAUUGUGAAAAUGGUCAGUUCGUUCAAGUUCACGAUGGUAGUUCUAUUGACGGACCAUCUUUGGGUACUUGGUGCUCGAAUAAUGUUCCACCACCAAUAACUAGCCACGGGAAUGCUUUAACGGUGAAUUUAGUUGCUAAUGAAUUCAAUGAAGAUAAUUCAUUUAUCGCUUAUUAUUCUCGUUUAAACACAGCUUGUGGAGGAAAUUACACUGCAUUGAGUGGAACACUGACAUCACCUAACUAUCCUGAAAGUUAUCCUAUGAAUGCCGAGUGCGUGUGGGAAAUAUACGUGUCUCCUGGAAAUGGAAUAUUCUUGAGCUUUGAGGAAUUCUAUCUUGAAUCUAGCCAACAUUGCAAUGAAGAUUAUUUGGAAGUUCGUGAAGAAAGUGGAAUUGGAAAUUUGCUGGGUGUAUUUUGCUCUGAGAAACCAGAAACAAUUACUUCUAUGAAAACACUUUGGAUUAAAUUUAGGAGCAAUGGGGUCGGUACUGCCUCUGGUUUUAGAGCAAAUUAUGCUCUUAUCCAUGGCAGUGAUCUUAAUGGACCAGUUGGAGAAAUUGCAUCGCCAUUGUAUCCGUUGCCAUGUAAAUUGGCAGAUGAAUUUUCUUGGCGCAUUACCGUUGAAUUUGGUUGGAUAAUUAAGAUCGAAUUCAUUGACUUUUCGCUUGAUAGUACCCCUCCUGAUUGUUUCGAAAAAUUCUCUGUGUAUGAUGGGUAUGAUGCUGAAGCUCCACUUUUAUUCAUGGGAUGUGGUAUGACAUUACCGGAUCCAAUUGAGUCAACUAGUAACAUUGUCUACAUAAAACUGUCAUCAAAUCGAUAUUCUGGGGGUAAUUGGUUCCAUUUAAGAUGGCACCAAAUUCCAAUAUCCACUAUCGAAGAAGGGAAUACUGUAACAAAGUUGGAAGAAUGCAAUCAACUUGUAUCUUUGAGGGAUCCAGAAAAUGCAACUUAUGUAAUUACUUCACCUGGAUUUCCAAAUGGAUAUGAACCCAAUUUGGAGUGCAAUUGGUUAUUAACGUCACCUCCAGGGACCCAUCUUGUAUUUUUAUUUCGAAUCAUGGAUCUGGAAGAGAAUUCUGAUUGCAUGAUGGAUUAUGUUGCUGUUUACACAGGAGACGCUAUGAACUCUGAAUCUGGGACUUUAUUGAAAAGGGAAUGUUUGUCAAACAGCACUUUAACGUCAAUACCUGGUACCAACGAAAUGACUGUUAAAUUUGUAUCUGAUUUUGGUGUAAACGGAACAGGGUUUCAAGCUGUUGUCGCUCGAGAGUGCGGAGGUCAAUUGGAAGGACCUAAUGGAAUCUUGGAAUUCAACAAUUCCACAACCUUCUUCGGAUUAACCCUCCAUCAGUGUGAAUGGAAUGUUACUGUCAGGCCUGGAAGAAUGAUAGAAGUCAAAUUCAUUGAAAUGAAACUUAAAAAUAAAGACCCUAAAAUUUGCAAUCGUAACUUCAUUUUGUUGAAGAAUGGAGGAUCUGCGUCUUCUCCUCUUCUUGGUGAAGGAAAAUACUGUGGUGAUAAUACUUCAGCUUCAUUGCGCACCACAGGAAAUCGCCUCUAUGUUAAGUCAGUUUGGGCAGAUUCAUCAGUGAGUUUUAAAUUAUCUUACAGGGAAGUUGGCAUGGAAUGUGGAGGCAAGUUCAUUUUAACGAAUGAAGAUGAUUCAGAAGAUUUUUCAACACCGAAUUAUCCAAAUGUUCCACCACCUUAUAGUGAAUGUGUUUGGACUUUUAUGGCUCCCGCAGGGAAACGAUUGUCAAUUCACUUUAUCGAGACGUUCGAUUUGACUGAAAGUUUUAGCUGUGAAAAAGAAUACGUAGAAAUUCGAGAUGGUGGAACAGAAUCUUCAAAAUUAUUGGGAAGAUAUUGUUCAGAUGUUGCUCCUAGCACUAUGACUUCAACAGAUAACGCAUUGCAUGUGCGUUUUUAUUCCGAUGUAUCGGAUCAAAAGAACGGUUUCAAGGCGAUCGUAACAACUGACGCAAUAUGUGGUGGAAUAAUGAGAGGUACACGUGGCAUAAUAAGGUCACCAAAUUAUCCAAAUAAUUAUCCGAAAAAUCAGCACUGUGCAUGGUGGAUCAUAGGACCGCCUAGUUACUCACUAAAAAUACAGUUCCAAGAUCUUCACUUACCUAGUUUAAGGAACUGUGAACAAACCGAUCAUUUGGUUAUCAGUGAGAAGUUACCCGAUAACACUUCUGUAACGGAAGUUGGUACAUACUGUGGUUGGACCAAACCCGAUGUAAUAAAAACUCUUGCAAAUGAAGCAGUUGUCCUAUUUAUCACUGAUGAUAAGGAAUUUACCUGGUAUAGAGGAUUUAGUUUGAAUUACUCUAUAAGUUACGAAAAAUGUGGUGGUGUUCUAACAGGUAUGACUGGCGAAUUUAAAACUACAGGAUAUCCUACUGGAAAUAUGAGAAGGUAUUGCGUUUGGAGAAUUACGGUACCUGAAGGUUUUCAAGUAGUUGUGAACGUUUUAGAUUUGGAAUCCGAAGACAGAUAUCCUGUCAAGUUCUUUAACGAUAUGUACCACAUUUCGAAGAUAAAGUUCCUAAAGCCGGGUGAUUCUGAGACACGUAUAGAAAGUUCUUCUAAUACCAUGGUCGUAUCACACCUUGCUCAAUCUGGGCAACGAGGUUUAAGAGCAACCUAUAGGGCAGUUGCUCCAGCUCCUUGUGGUGGAUUAGCUCGAGACAUUAAGGGUAGUCUUUUGAUACCGAAUAAUAGACCAUUUAAUGAAUCGGAUUACUUCUGCCAAUGGAAGAUUCAACCUCCAGAGAGGCUUCUUCAAUCAGUGAAUGACACAGGUCUAACAAUGACUUUAAGAGUCAUGGGAGUUAUUGGGGAGUCACGACAAGGUACUAGAAGCUGCUUAUUUUACAAGCAGUAUGUAAGAGUCACAGAUCCAGAUAGAACUGUUGCUACUGUUUGCGGCAAUAUUACAACUCAACCUAUGUAUGUGCGAAGUCCAUCCACCUUAAAUAUGGUUAAGGUACUGAAUUCAACUGAUGCAACUCCAAUGAGUCUAAAUCUAACUUACGAAUGGCAAACAUGCGGUGGAGUAUUGCAAGGUCCAUUCCAUACAAUACAAGCACCAAAACACCUACCAUAUCCGAUAAAUUGUGCCUGGGAAGUCGCAUUCCCAGACGAAGGGGAAAUUAUAAAUUUGAAUUUUAAUAGUCUAAAUUUAGGAAGUUGUGACAAAAAUUACAUUAUCGUUAGAAAUGGCGGAUCUUCUUCACCACAGCUUGAUAAAAUUUGCGGUAAUAAAAUACCACAAAACAUCACAAGUUCAAACCACAAACUUUGGAUCGAGUACUAUGCUGAAGCCUCUCCAAACGAUUUUGAAUUUACUUUGGAUCAAUUUGGUAAUGAAUGUGGCAGUCCUUAUCGUGGAUCCAGAAGGGAAAUCAGUUCUCCCAAAUUUCCUUUAGUGUACUCUCCUAACUCCGAAUGCAUAUGGACUCUUCUCGCUGAACCGGGUUACCAUAUUCGACUCGAAUUUGUGGAUAGGUUUAAUUUAGAAUUGAGUGAUGGUUGCAAGAAUGACUACAUACAGAUAUUUAAAUGGAAUGAGAAUGAAAAAGGAGGUAAAGAGUGGACUGAAGUUGACAAAGUUUGUGGUCGACAUUCUCCGGCUCCAUAUAAUUUGGAUUCGCAACGAUUGAAAGUUUUAUUCCACUCAAAUGAGGCUGUAGAAGGAGACGGAUUUCGAGCUCGGUGGUAUUUGGAUUGUGGUGGAAUAUUUGAUGUAACCAGCGAAAUGAAACAUAUAAAAUCGCCCAACUAUCCCAGUGCUUAUGACCGAAAUCAGUUGUGUAAUUACACUCUUGUUGCACCUGGAAAAGAUAUUAUUGUUGAUUUUAUUGACUUCCAAGUCGAACAAGGAAGCAAAGGAAAACGUGACUGUCGCUGGGAUAAUGUUACAAUAAUCACUGAAAAUAUGUACUUUAGUGAAGAUAAAACUGAAACUAUUUAUUGUGGAAAUGAGUUACCUCCAAUCCAGAAAUCUCACUCUAGUAUGCAAAUUAUUUUCAGAACCGAUGGCUAUCGGCAAUUAGCUGGUUUCCAUCUCAAGUAUUUCUUGAAUGAAUGUGGUGGUGAAAUAACGGAGCCUCAAGUGAUCAGUUCCCUCAAUAAAGGUGAAGUCUACUUUGGAGGAAUUAAUUGCACGUGGGUUAUUAAAGCACCACCGACGAAAAGAGUAGUAGUUCGAUUUGAAAAAUUUUCGCUCGAAUACAGUAGAGGCUGCAACUUUGAUUCUGUUGAAGUAUACGAAGGACCUUAUAUUGAAUAUUUUAAACGUUUGGGUAGUUAUUGUGGCAAUUUGACAGAAUCACUGCCAGUUAUUCAAUCAAUCGGCAAUACAAUGACAUUAAAUUUUUUGUCCGACGAGACUAACCAUUUUGAAGGCUUCAAAGCAUUGAUAUUAUUUGUAAAUAGUGAAGCUGCGGGAUGUGGAGGGGUACUUAAUAUUACGAAUUCAAUGUCCUUUAGGACACAAAAAUCGGAAUUUUACGAAGAAUUACAAGAUUGUCAUUGGACUGCAAUCACGGCAGUUGAUAAGCAACUGCAGUUUAGUAUCAAUUCAAUUGAUUUAAAAAAUAUUAUUCGCAACACAAGCCGAUCAGAAGAAUCAUGCACAGGCGACUACUUAGAGAUAAGAGAUGGAAAGUCACAAUAUGCAGAAUUACUGGGAAAGUAUUGUGGUAACAGCAUACCGCCUUCUGUUAAGUCCUCCAUGAACUCAUUAUGGAUUAGACUUCACACCGAUGGAACUGUUAAUGGGAGAGGAAUAACUGCCACUAUUCAAGCCAUUGAUUCUUUAUGCGGUCCAAAUGUACGUCUUUUUACCGAUGAACCGGAAAUUAUUACAUCGCCAUCUUAUCCGAGUCCAUAUCCCCUGGAUGUAAUAUGUCGCUGGCGAUUACGUGGUGCCGAUCCUUUCGGGGUUUAUUUCAUUCGUUUUACGGACUUUGAUUUGAAAGACAGCCCACAGUGCAAUGAAGAUUUCGUAGAGAUUACUGAUCUUAAUGAUAGACAUGUUGUAGCAGAAGGGUACGGCGAAAAUCAUAUAGUCAGUGGCCCCAGGCAAAAUCCGUACAGCAUAUCAAUGCAAAGUUUCUUACCCUCGUCUACGUACAAGUAUUGUGGAAGCGAAAUGCCCCACGAUUUCUUCAGCUAUGGAGAAGAGGUGGAAAUCAAAUUUAAAUCGACAAUUCAAAGUCAGCGGAAAAAUAAAGGAUUUAAAUUAGAAUUUGGCAUGAGUUCAUGUGAUAGAAAUCGUACUGGAGUGCAAGGAAGAUUGGUGCACCAGGGUUUCGCUGAAUGCUGGGUGACAAUAACUGCACCAGCUAAUUAUACGAUUUCACUGUAUUUUAACCAUUUUAGAUUGGUUGACGAUUCAAAAUGUAAAGAGAAUGCAUUAAAAAUUUAUGAUGGAGAAUUCACUGAUCACAUUCUGAGCUCAGUAUGUGGUUAUCAAAUACCAAAUCCAGUCUUCAGUACGGGUAACAAAUUGAGCUUGCAUUCUUAUCAAAAUGCAGCGAGAACAACUAGUAAUUAUGAUAUCACAUACGUAGCAACAGACCAAGGUCGUGGAUGUGGAGGGAAGAUUUUUAAUUACGGUGGCAGAUUUACUUCACCGAUGUAUCCUGGUCCUUAUAGAAAUGCUAGUACAUGUACGUGGGAAAUAACCGUUCCUGUGGGUUUCAAAGUAGCUUUAACGUUUCUAGAUUUCGAUAUCGGUUCUGAGGAAAUUUGUGGAUCGGAUUACCUUAAGGUGACCGAAUUAACAAGUGUCUCACUUUUUUGUGGAAAGGACACUCCCGCUGACUAUUAUGCUAAUAGUAAUCAAGUUUCUGUAACGUACAGGACCAGCGUAAACAAUGGUGGCCGGGGCUGGGUUAUUCAGUUUGUUAGCGUGAAAGGAACUCAAAGAAUUGAUCCUGAUCAAGUCUGGUUAUAUUAAGCAGCAAAUAGUUCAACUGUAGUCAGGCGCUGAUCCAGAGAAGUGGUCUAGGGGGGGGGGGGGG